CGAGGUUUACAACAAAGUGUGUAAACGCGCGUGUUCGUGUCCAUCGCACGCGCCAAAUUCGCCGAUGGAAGAAUCCAUGGGGGUUGCACGCGUCCGCGGUACCUGACUCAACCCACAGAAAAAAGACAGACCGCGCGCGUUUGUUGUCUUUUGGGCAUAUUUUUGGGAGGUUACUGAACAGCCCUCGCAGUAUAACGCCGGGGUUGACGUUUAUAUACCUCCUCGAAUAUCUAGUUUGCCCUUGUGACUGUUCUUUUUGCACAUCAGUUCGGGAAGUCAAGGAGGUUGCUGCUUUGCUUCUUUUCGGGACACGGAUGGAUGUCGAAACAGAAGAAGGGAUGUCUCUACCCGGUAUCCGACUCUUGAAUCGUCCGGCGCAAGUGAUGCCCAAGCAGAGGAAGGCGACGGCCAGGCGGAAAAGACGGAAAGAGUUGCUUCUGAUUCAGAUAGUGUUGUUCGGCGGUAUGCUUCUCGUUGUCAAGGGAUUUUCCAUCUUCGCCGACGGGUCAGGUUCCCAGCGACAUACUAGUCACCUGGAGAAAUGGGAGACAAGAAAACUACUGCAUACAGUGGACAACAGCACAGACGAGAUGGAGACAGAAAAUAAUUGCACUUCUCCAGCUCUACAUGAGUUCCCAACAGACCUGUUCACAAACAAAGAGAGAGCAGAAGGAGCUGUGGCCUUGCAUGUCUUGUGUACUAUUUACAUGUUCUGUGCACUAGCUCUGGUAUGUGAUGACUACUUUGUUCCCUCCCUGGAGAAGAUAUGCGAGCAUCUUCAUCUGAGUGAAGACGUGGCUGGUGCAACCUUCAUGGCUGCGGGCAGUUCAGCUCCUGAGCUCUUCACGUCCAUUAUAGGGGUGUUUGUUACUAAAGGUGAUGUGGGUGUUGGGACCAUUGUUGGUUCAGCGGUCUUUAACAUUCUUUGCAUCAUCGGCGUGUGUGGCUUCUUUGCAGGACAGGCUGUGAAGCUCUCUCACUGGGCUCUCCUUCGGGACUCUGUUUACUAUACCUUUUCAAUCGCCGCCCUUAUUGCGUUCAUCUACGAUGAGAAAGUGUGCUGGUGGGAGUCUCUUGUCCUACUUUUGAUGUAUGCAAUCUACAUCCUCAUUAUGAAGUUUAACAAUAGAGUCCAGAGUUACCUCAACCGUCGUAAGAAAAACUCAGUGAAUCUGGUCAAUGGUUUGACAGGAAGCACUGAUCUGGAUGAUGAUACUUGCGACGCUACAUCAGUCCUGCUUAAGAAAGUUAACUUCCAAAAUAAGCCGUCUGUAUUGAUGGUGGAUGAGCUUCUUUCUGCAUAUCCACACCAAUUGACUUUCUCUGAAGCUGGGAUGAGGAUUAUGAUUACCAGUCAUUUCUCCCCAAGAACCCGCCUAACAAUGGCAUCUCGAUUGCUUAUCAAUGAGAGACAAAGAGUGAUCAACACCACUGAGACUAGAGUCAACUACAUCACCAAUGGAGACUCUGAUUCAGCAGCCAGGGCCCAGGGAAGGCAGAGCUUAGAGAAUGGUGGUGCAGAGCAGGGCCUGAACGGGAGAUACACAUCCGAGCAACUGGAUUCUGGGAUAGAGAAUGAAAACGAGGAUAACGAGAAUAAUGAGAAUGAUGGGGAACGAGAUGGAGAAGAUGGCAACGAAGGCCCCUUGGUACCUUUCAAAGCUCCAGCGGGUGUAUGUAACAAGCUAAAGUGGUUAACCAUGUGGCCGUUGUCGUUGCUUUUUUUCUUCACCGUGCCCAACUGCGGCAAGAGGCGCUGGGAGAAGUGGUUUAUGGUCACCUUCUUAACUGCAACAAUAUGGAUCGCUGGCCUGUCCUACAUUAUGGUCUGGAUGGUUACUGUGAUUGGCUUCACUCUCGGCAUCCCUGAUGUUAUCAUGGGCAUCACCUUUCUGGCAGCAGGCACCAGUGUUCCAGACUGCAUGGCCAGUGUUAUAGUUGCUAGGCAAGGUCUGGGAGAUAUGGCCAUCUCCAACUCCAUUGGCAGUAAUGUGUUUGACAUCCUGGUGGGCCUGGGCCUGCCAUGGGCAGUGCAAACACUCUGCAUAGACUACGGCUCCAAUGUCCAUCUUAACAGCAGGGGACUCAUAUUCUCAGUUGGACUCUUACUGGCCUCAGUCUUCUUCACUGUUGCGGGGGUCCAUCUGAACAAAUGGACUUUGGACUGGAAAUUGGGAUUGGCCUGCCUCGUCAUGUACGCUAUCUUUCUCUGUUUUUCUAUCCUCAUUGAGUUCAACGUCUUCAUCUUCGUCAACCUCCCCAUGUGCCGAGACAUCCACUGACCUUGCUCGUCCUCUGCUAUUUCAUCUUCUGGCAAAGGCAAGCACAGGCCUCACUUUGCUCUUGGCACCAACGGUUGUGCUACCAGCGAUUUAUCUUUGGUGCAAUGCACACCGACAAGGACAGAAGCGCGUAAGUCACAGCAACGGAGAUUGUUGCUCGUUAUAUUCGAAUGCACCUGGUCUUGGGACAAAGUGAACUUCACUAUCAGAAGAAGCUGCUACUGGAACUGACUGACUGAAAGAGAAAUUUUUAGCUUGAUUGUUACUCUUUGUUACAGAGUUUGUAUAAAAUAUAAUCAAGGAAUUUCUUUCUUUUUAUGAACUGAAAAACACAUCUAUCAUUUAUGUACAUCUUAUUAAUGAUAGUAGCUGGAAUUCUCUUAUUCUCUAAUUGUGGUUUGUAGUGAUAAUUUUUCAUUUGAUCACAUUUGCGGUUAAGUAUUCCACUUCUGUAACUCACGCCACUGUUCCAAAGUCUCUGCCGUGUUUUUCUCAUGAAAUGGCAUGCUGUCUAUCAUCUCUUGCUUUGCACUGGCACAGGAACUAAGGAUAUUUAUAAAUGCUACUAAUACUGUACAUAUUAAAUCAUAGGCGGAGAUUGAGCGGCGGCAAGGCGGGCAGUGCCCCACCCCCCUGGUGUCUGAAAAAUGUCAUUGCAUGUUAAUUGACCUUCUUUUAAAUGAAUUUAAAGAGGAAGUUCAGACUUUUUGAUGUAAGAAUUAAUCUUCGAGUUUGCGGGGGUUUAUUUAGUCGGUGGAGUAGAUUUCAACAAAGUCCAUGCAAUUUGUUAGUUAUUUGCUAGUUUCCGGGCUCCAGAGCGGCUAAGCUAGUGCAUGUCAAUGGUGCAUGCUUAGCUUACCAAUAAAAAAACAAAAUAUGCACGCAUGAGAAACACUGAUGACCCAUGCAAUCAAUAGUGUUGGCUAUGUUCACCAUUCUAUGUCAAUAAUUAUAGUAUGAACAUCAACAUUUGUAAUCCAGCAGCUCUGCAGGGAACAGGCUGUCUAGGUAAGCAGGGCAGAGUGAUAUC